CCGGGAGGGGAGCGGCCCGGCCGGGGCGCGAUGGGCCGGAGGCGGCGGCGGCCGCCGCGCUGCAGAGGGGCGCGCCCGGAGGCCGAGCCGGCGCCGUGAGCGGCCUCAGCCGCCCCGGGACCCCCAGGCAGCUGUGCCCUGAUGGAUAUAGAUCUGGACUAUGAGAGACCCAAUGUUGAGACCAUUAAGUGCGUGGUUGUCGGGGAUAAUGCCGUGGGCAAGACACGCCUCAUCUGUGCCAGGGCCUGCAAUGCCACCCUCACCCAGUACCAGCUGCUGGCCACCCACGUGCCGACCGUCUGGGCCAUCGACCAGUACCGCGUGUGCCAGGAGGUGCUGGAGCGCUCCCGGGACGUGGUGGACGAGGUCAGCGUUUCUCUGCGGCUCUGGGACACCUUCGGGGACCACCACAAGGACAGACGGUUUGCCUACGGCAGGUCAGAUGUGGUGGUUCUCUGCUUCUCCCUGGCGAACCCCAACUCCCUGCGCCAUGUGAAGACCAUGUGGUAUUCGGAGAUCAAGCACUUCUGCCCACGGACGCCCAUUGUGCUGGUAGGGUGCCAGCUGGACCUGCGCUAUGCCGACCUGGAGGCAGUCAACCGUGCCCGGCGCCCUCUGGCAAAGCCCAUCAGACCCACGGACAUCCUGCCGCCCGAGCGGGGCCACGAGGUGGCCAAGGAGCUGGGGGUGCCGUACUACGAGACCAGCGUGGUGGCACAGUUCGGCAUCAAGGAUGUCUUUGACAAUGCCAUCCGCGCCGCCCUCAUCUCCCGCCGUCACCUGCAGUUCUGGAAAUCCCACCUGAAGAAGAUGCAGAGGCCCUUGCUGCAGGCACCCUUCCUGCCCCCCAAGCCACCCCCGCCUGUCAUCCACAUCCCGGCCCCCGCCACAAGCGGUGGCCAGGGCCCCGCCGCCCUCUUCUGCACCUCCCUCUGCGCUGAUGUGGUCUUCCAGCUGCAGGGCGGGCACAGUGUCUUUGCCCAUCGUGUCUACCUGGCCACGUCCUGCUCCAAGUUCUAUGAUCUCUUCACCCUGGAGGGGUCGGCGACCCAGGCCGGGGAGCCCUGUGGUGUGGAGUGGCGGGCGGCCAAGGAGCCAGCUGCCAGGACUAAGAGCCUGGAGAUGGAGAAGGGCCUCCUAGAUGAUGGGGCCCAGGCCCCUCUCAGGACUUCGCAGAGUGACGAUCCCCUGCGGCUGGUGCAGGGCGAAGGCCAGCAGCCGCCAGGGGCCAGGGGCCAGGAGCUGUCAGGCUGGGGCCGGGGCUUUGUCAGCAUGCAGCUGGAGUUGGUUCAGGACCCCGUGACCCAGCGAGAGAAGCAGAUGACGGUGGUGUACAUGGACUGCCUGGUCCAGCCGGGGCCCUUCCAGGCAGUGCUGGAGUAUCUGUACACGGGCCAGCUGGACCAGGGCCGCGCAGACCUCAUGCAGGUGGCCACCAUCGCCGAGCUGCUGGAGGUCUUCGACCUGCGCAUGAUGGUGGCCAAUGUGCUGAACAAGGAGAGUUUCAUGAACCAAGAGAUCACCAAAGCCUUCCAUGUGCGCCGUGCCAACCGCAUCAAGGAGUGCCUCAGCAGGGGUGUCUUUGCGGACGUUGUGUUCCUGGUGGAUGACGGGUCGGUGCCGGCCCACAAGCCGCUGCUCAUCGCGGGCUGUGAUUGGAUGGUGGCCAUGUUCUGCGGCAACUUCCGGGAGAGCUACGCCACGGAGGUCUCCCUGCCUGGCACCAAGUGUGCCUGCCUGCGUGCUGUCCUGGAGUUCCUCUACACCGGGCACUUCACCCCCACGCCUGACCUGGACGCCAUGGAACUGCUGAUCUUAACCAACCGCCUGUGUCUGCCCCGGCUGCAGGCACUCACAGAGCAGCAUGCUGUGGAUGAGCUGCUCCGAGCCUACGUGCAGCAGGUGGAGAUCGACCAGCAGGUGAUCAUCUACCUGGAGAUGACUCAGUUCCACAAUGCCCAGCAGCUGGCCGCCUGGUGCCUGCAUUACAUCUGCACCAACUACAACAGUGUCUGCCGCCGCUUCCCCAGGGAGAUGAAGUACAUGACCCCAGAGAACAAGGCGCACUUUGAGAGGCACCGCUGGCCGCCCGUCUGGUACCUGAAGGAGGAGGAUCUGUACCUGCGCUCGAAGAAGGAGCGGGACCUGGAGGAGCAGCUGCUGCGGAAGCAGCGCACCCGCAGCACGUGGUGCUUCUGGCGCCCCUCGCCCCAUGUCUCCUGAGCCCUGCCGUGCUGGGGGGGGCUGCCCGCUGGGGAGCUUGGCCCCCAGGGACAUUCGUGUGGGGGAGCUGGGUAGGGCUGGGAGCUGGGUGCCCGUGCCAGCCAGGGCCCCUCGUUCCCGCUUCCAUGGGCGCUGCAGCGGUCCCUGCCUGACUCUGCACCGGCGGGGGCUCCUGGCCACGGCUGCCCUUAGUUUACAUCUGUGGCUCUGCUGCAGCUUGGCAGUGCCUUCGUCCCAUUGCCCUGCAGGGGACCCAAACCCAGCACAGCUGGGGGGCCACAUGUGAUCUAGCAGGAGUGGGGGCUGCAUUCCUGACUCCACUGUGCUCUGGGGAGGGGCACCCAGCUGUGUGGGGAAGGCUGGCUUUGCCCUCCUUCCCUGAUGGUGGGGGAGCUGACAGGGCCCCCCGAGGGAGCUCAGAGCAGCACUCUGACCCCUGCAGGGUCUGGCCUGCACCUCCUCUCCCUGGUCCAGGCUCCCCCGAGGCCUCAGGGGCAGCCAAACUGUGCAGGGGGGGUUGGAUCAGUGAGCUGAGCUGUGGGGAGGGUGGGGAAGUGUGGGGUGAGGACCCCCAGAGUAGUGAUGGGGUGGCAGAGGUGUGUACUUGUGGGAUGCAGCUGGGGCCAGAGCUGCCUUUGAGGGUCUGAGCUCUGGGGGUGCAUGUGGGAGCUGGGUUUGGGCAGGAGAUUUGUGUGUGUGUUUUUGGUAGUUGUAGAAGCUCCGCCCUUCCCGCUUUGUGCUUUGCCUGCUCUGGGGCCAGGGCAGCCCAGAGCCCCUGGCCGGCUCCUCUCUGUGCCUUUGACACUACAAGCCUCUUCCCCAACUCACCCUGUCUCCUGAGAGGGGCUGGGUCCCUGUCGUCCUCCUGGGAGGUGCCCCGAGCCUGGGCUAUGGCCCCUCCCCUUUUUCUACACUAUGGUGCGUUAAGGGAACUGCCCCGUGCUGGCAGGGCUCCCCCUCCCCGGGGCUGCGCGUGCCACCUGCACAAUGGUUUUUACACUUUUCUAUGGCUCCCGGCUCCUGCCAGGCCUCCCGGAGCACACCGUUCCCAUGCUGAGCCGUCACCUCACUCCGACGAAAGGGCUGUUUGUAUCCACGUUUCUAACCACUGUGAGCUGGCCCAGCACUGCCCUUGCCCGCAGCCUGGCCUUUUUACACCUCGCAGUAUUGGACUGUUUUAACCUUUAAUAAAACCUUUUGUAAUGUG